UUCUAUGACAGCUCAGCACCCAGAAAACCUCAGACAGCAUGGCAUUACUCUGCUGACACUCACACCUCUAAUAACACUGCCACAGUUAUAAGGAAGCGGAGAGAGAGAGAGGGAGAGAAAGAGAGAGAGAGAGAGGGAGAGAGAGAGAGAGAGAGGGAGAGAGAGAGGCGGAUAUUAUCUUUCCUGUUAGCCUGCAGAGCUACACUGAGGAGCUAACAGGCUACAUGAGCAUGGAGGGGAUUCUCUACAAAUGGACUAAUUACAUGACAGGCUGGCAACCGCGCUGGUUCGUCUUGGAGAAUGGAGUCAUCUCGUACUAUGACAGCGAGGACGACGUCGGCAAAGGAAGCAAAGGAUCCAUCAAGAUGUCCGUGUGUGACAUUAAAGUCCAUCCGACAGAUCUGACUCGUCUGGAGCUGAUCAUCCCCGGCGAGCAGCAUUUCUACGUCCGAGCUGUGAACGCGGCGGAGAGACAGAGGUGGCUCGUAGCGAUGGGCUCGUCUAAAGCGGGAACGUUAGAGAGUCACAAACACAAAGGUCCAGACUGUCUGAGGACGAAGAUGUCUGAGCUCCGUCUGUACUGCGAUCUCCUCGUCCAGCAGGUUCAAACCAUCCAAUCACAGAACCCCGAAGACACAGAGACAACGCCCACAUCCGAGGCGUCUCUCCUCAGUGCGACCUGCGCGACGUUCAUCAGGACUUUAGAGGAGUGUAUGACGCUGGCCAACCAGAGUUUAACCCCUGACCUUCGACCUCCUGAAAGGAUGAAAAGGUCCAUCAGUCACCCUGGAACGUACAGCUUCGACAGGUCCGGUGUGCUUAAAGAGUACGUGAGUGGAGGUCAAAGGUCAUCUCAGCGCAGGAACCGGACGUGCUCGGACAGCUCGGUUUACGAUACCGAACGUGUGCUUCCCGGUCUCAACGGCGACUCGUCCUCCAUCCCCGAGGAGCGAGGAGGCAACGCGAGCCCGAAGACGACGCCCACCGACACAGACACCGACCUCUCCAUUUGACCCGUCCUCAUCCGUCCAAACCGAACCCUGGAAGACGAAGAAGAGGAAGAAGAAGAAGAAGAGGAAGAAGACAUCUGGAGAGUAGAAGUCAAGAAAACACAAACACUAGAGAUCAAUAUCAGCUGACGUCAUCUUCAUCACGCUGAGGAUAAAUUGUCCGUCAGCUGAUUUGCCAAACACGUGCGAUGCGGAGCCAUUAAUUCAUUAAUUCCUCCUUUUUCUUUAAUUGUGUUUGCUUCUUUUUUUUCCCACUAAGGAGACAACAGGAAAACAUUAUGAGACAUUGUGAGUAUAAAAUAUAAAGUAUAGGAUGCUACAAACAUCCUCCUACAUAUUCACCCUCGGCUGCCUUCGAGUCGAGGAGGGAAAAAAAAAACCCGAGCUGUGAUUGUUGUAACGGGGCAGCUUCCUCUUCCUGGUACAAAAACAUGAACACGAGAUUAAUUAAGCAUAUUUCUUUCUGGACAGUUUAGGAGCCAGAGUUGAUUGUUUUAAUGCUUUAUAUAUAAAAACAACAACAACAACCUGAGAAUGUACAGAAACCUUUUUUUGAAUCUCCGAGGUCGAAAUCCUGCAAAAAAAACACCUUCAAGAAAACUUCUUUGCCUUUGAUGUUUUCUCUCCGUAGAAACUUCCAGGCUUCCGUAGUCGCGCUCCGUCCCCCCCCCCUUCCCGAUGGAUAAAAAAGCAGUCGGAUACUCUCUGUUGCAGGUGUCUACUGUUACAUACCGGAGAAGCUGAAGGAGCUUCGAUUCCUUCAGAUGCCAAAGUUUGUUCUUCAUGCUGAACUUUUUUGCACUAAUAUAAAAAAAAAACAACUAAAAAAAACACGACAUUUAAACGUGCCAUAAUUUGCUCAACGUCCAGGAAAAACCGGUCUCCUCCUCCUCUCCUCCUCUCCUCCUCUUCCAGUGUGGAUCAGUAUUCUCUAAAAACUGGAGCGAAGGAGGAAGAAGAAGAAGAGGAUAUUUCCUUGAAGGAGUUUUGCAUCUUCUCCCUUAUAGUGUGUUAUUUUUGUUGUUGUUGUUGUUGUUGUUGUUGUUUCCACUCCAAAGACAUUACAGACCAGGUGAAUGACGGAGUCUCUACAUUACAGAUACUGUAGGUGUGAAUGUGUGCAAAGUUACUGCCUUUUUAAAAUGUUUGUUACUUCUCAUAUGAUGAACUCCAGCCAACCAUGAAGACUCCAUGAAUGAAUGAAUGAAUGAAUGAAUGAAGGAGGUGAGUUCAGAUGACGUCUAAGCAAAAAAAAAUUGAUUUUCUGGGUGAAAAAAAUGUUAACGUGCGAAACAAUUUGAUUUGAUUUGACUUUGAAUUUUAAUGCAAACUGUGAAAAAAACACUUUAUCUGAAGCUGAAACUGAUAAAUUAUGUUUUUUUAAAAGACGUUAUCUGAACUCAGUGACUCAAACAGGCUGCGGUUUAUUUUUUUUUAAAUGUAAGACUGAACCGACCGGGACGUCUGCAGUUACACAAGUCCUCGAUUAUACAUGUUAAAAAAGCACUUUGAUGCUUUUAAUUCAAAUACCCGUCCUUUAACCCUCCUGUCGUCCUCCCGGGUCAAAUUGACCCCAUCUCUUUUGACUGUUCCUUCUUUCCUUCCUUUAUUACUUCAUCCUUUGCUUCCUCCCUUCCUUUUCUCCUUUCCUUCCUUCCUUCCUCCUUUCCUUCC